UUCACAGUGCAAGCUGUAGUCACCCUGAACAAGAUGACAGCCAUCUCCCCAGAUCCUGUGACGGUGGCCUCAAGUGAACACAACAAAGUCCCAGGAGCAGAAACUCCUGAGGACCAAAAAGCUAUCUCAAAAGGAAACACAGCUGACCCAGAGUCUUUCAGACAGAAAUUCAGGUGGUUUUGUUACUCAGAAGAGGCUGGACCCAGGAAAUCCCUGACUCAACUCUGGGAACUCUGCCUUCAGUGGCUCAGACCUGACAUUCACACAAAAGAACAGAUUUUAGAGCUCUUAGUAUUUGAGCAGUUUCUGGCCGUUUUGCCUGGGGAGAUCAGGAUUUGGGUAAAGUCACAACAUCCUGAGAGUAGUGAGGAGACGGUGGCCCUGAUAGAAGAUUUGACCCAAACACUUGAAGAGAAGGAUGAUCCAGUUGCUCAAGAUUCUGCUCUUUGCCAAGAGGAAAACUCAGAAGAAGAUACAAUGGUUGCAGUUCUUUCAAAUACUGAAUCAUGUGAAACCAUUACAUUCAAGGAUGUGACUGUGAAUUUUUCCAGAGGAGAAUGGAAGAAGCUGGAGCCCUCUCAGAAGGAGCUAUAUAAGGAAGUGCUACUGGAGAACUUAAGGAACCUAGAAUUUCUGGGCUCUUCAGUUUCCCAGUUAGAUGUGAUUUCCCAGCUAAAGUGGAUUGAAUUGCCAAGGGUGCUGGCCAAAGAAAUCUCAAAAGACUCCAGACCUGGUGAGUUGGUGAAAGAGAGUGAGCCUAGGGGUGAGUUGGAGCCGUCUGUUCAAAAGCACGAUGUGCUUAUUGAAGGAUUGACUUCAGAGGAAAUAAUAGAAAGAUGCUUCAAGGAUGAUGGUUGUGGCUUGACUGCAGAAUUAAGGAAGCGUUAUGGCAGAUCUGAUGAGGGUCAUGGCAAACGACAUUCAAAAGGAACACAUAAGAAAGCUCAUCAGCGAGGCAGUAAAGGUGAAGACUUUGACUCAGAAAGGAGCCCUGGUGCAAAGCACUUCAAACGAACUUCUGACUUGAUGAAACAUGUGAGAGCCUACUUAAGGAAGAAGUCGCGGAGGUAUAAUGAAUCCAAGAAACCCUUCAGUUUUCAUUCCGAUCUUGUUCUGAACCGUAAAGAACAUUCUUCAGAGAAGUCACAGAAAGGUGGAGAAGGUGGGAAGAGCCUAAGUCAUUCUUCAUCUCUUAGUGAACAUCACAAACGUCAGAAAACGUAUUUGGGAGAUAAGGCCAAGUGCAGUAAAUGUGGGGUGUCCUUUGCCAAAAGCUUAUCCCGUACUGAGAGAGAAAAGAUGAUGUGUGAAAAAUGUCAGAAGAAGUUACAACAAGAUACAACCUUAAAUAAAGAUGAGGGACCUGAGACCGGGAAAAAAACUCAUAAAUGUAGCAAAUGUGGGAAAACCUUUAGCUGUAAUGCCUCACUCACCAAACACAGAAAGCACGCUGGAGAGAAAUCCUUUAUGUGUAGUGAAUGUGAAGAAGUUUUCGGUGAUAGUUCAUCGCUCAAACGACAUCGCAAUAGAGAAAAGCCCUUCAAGUGUGAUGAUUGUGGAAAAUGUUUCAGCCUGAGCACUCACCUCAUUAAACAUCAGCGAAUUCAUACUGGAGAAAAACCUUUCAUAUGUAAAGACUGUGGGAGACCCUUUAGUGAGAGUUCUUCUCUUGCUCAACAUCAGCGAACUCAUACUGGAGAAAAACCCUAUAAAUGUGACGAUUGUGGGAAAUCCUUCAGUCAUAGCUCUUCCCUUUCCAAACAUCAGAGAAUUCACACUGGAGAGAAACCCUAUACAUGUGAAGACUGUGGAAAAUCCUUUAGACAGAAUUCUUGCCUUACUCGACAUCAGAGAAUUCACACUGGAGAGAAGCCGUAUUUGUGUAAGGAUUGUGGAAUGACUUUUAGCCAUUUUACAUCUGUCAUUUAUCAUCAAAGACUUCAUUCAGGAGAAAAACCCUACAAAUGUACCGAGUGUGAGAAAGCCUUUCCUACUCAUUCCCUCCUCAGUCGUCAUCUGAGAAUUCAUACUGGUGUGAAACCUUACAAAUGUAGCGAAUGUGAGAAAACCUUCAGUCAGAGUUCAUCUCUUAAUGAACAUUACAGAGUUCACACUGGAGAGAAACCCUACGAAUGUGACUUUUGUGGAGCAACCUUUAGUCGGAGUUCAGUCCUCGUAGAACACGUAAAAAUUCAUACUGGCAAUAGAGAAUAUGAAUGCAACAAAUGUGAUAAAAUAUUUAAAAGUAAUUCAAGUCUUAUCAGACAUCGGUUAUUUCACUCUGCAGAGUAA